AUGAAGUGCCUCGUGCUUGCCCUGAGUGUGGCCCUCGUGUGUGGUACCCAGGCCAUCUUUGUCCCCCGGACCGUCCCGGAGGACCUGGACGUCCAGAAGGUGGCUGGGACGUGGCACUCCAUGGCCAUGGCGGCCAGUGACAUCUCCUUGCUUAACACUGAACGCGCCCCUCUGAGAGUGUUCGUGAAGGAGCUGAGACCGACCCCCGAGAACAACCUGGAGAUUGUCCUGCAGAGAUGGGAGGAUGGCAGCUGUGCCGAGAAGAAGAUCUUGGCAGAGAAAACCGAGGUCCCUGCCGAGUUCAAGAUCAGCUACCUGGACGAGAACAAGCUGCACGUGCUGGACACUGACUACGAGAACUACAUGUUCCUGUGCAUGGAGAACGCCGCUGCCCCAGGGCAGGGCCUGGCCUGCCAGUACCUGGCCAGAACCCUGACGGCCGACGAGGGCGUCAUGGAGCAGUUCCACACAGCCCUGAAGCCUCUGCCCGUGCACAUCUGGCUCCGCUUCACCCCGACCCAGGCGGAAGAUCUCCCAGGAAGCAGUGGGAGAGAGAUGCCUUGUCUAGGUGAGCUCCAGCGGACUGCCUCCUGGGUAACGUGCCGGUCCUGCCCCCACGUCCUGUGCCCGCGCGUGGGGUCAGUGGCGCCCCCGAAUCCCUUCCGUCGGGCCCUGCUCCCCCUUGGGACACUGCUGGACAUCACUCCUCCUGGGACCCUGGCACCUCUGGCCCAGUCUGGGAUGUGCUGCUCUGAGCUGAUCCCCUUCAGCAAUAAAGAAAUACCCAGUGAUCCUGGCUGCUGA